AUUAAGUUUUUUAUGAUAAUAUGAAUACAGAGCCUGGUUGACUACAUUUUGGUGAUUGGUUGUAGCAGUGUUAUCUUUAGUUUUCGGCUGAACCUUUCUCUGUUGGAGUAGUUUUUAAGUUAUCCUGACUUUCUGGAGCUUUAAUCUUUGCACUUUCUAUCGAAAAUGAGUGUUAACGGUGAUUCUCUUCCCACAAAUCAUGUGGAGUUGUAUGUUCGAGCUGGGAAAGAUGGAGAAAGUUACGGAGCUUGUCCUUUCUGUCAGAGGUUCUAUAUGAUUCUAGAUCUCAAGUCUGGAGAGUUGAAUUAUGACGUGAUAACGAUCAAUAUGGCUCGUCCACCUUUGGAUUUUAAGAAGUUAGCUAAUCGCUUGCCUGUUCUUAAGCAUGGAGAUGAAAUCAGAUCUGACAACGAUGAGAUUGUUCAGUACGUUGAUGAAACAUUCCCGUAUCCAUCUCUACAAUACAGCAACAUGCAAGCCCAUUCCGUUUGUUUAGACAUUUUCUCAAAGUUCUCGUAUUUUAUCAAGCAAGUAAGCCACUCCGCAGAUCAUUUACUGAAGGAACUACAAGCCAUUAAUGACUAUCUGGAAACAGCAGAUACACGCUUUCUGUGUGGAGACAAGCUUACUCAUCUGGAUUGCCUUAUGUUGCCAAAACUUCAGCACAUCAGAGUAGCUGCCAAGGCUUUCAAAGAUUUUGAAAUUCCUGAUGAUAUGGUUGGAUUGUGGAAGUACUUAGCUGCAGCAUACAAAAACGAGACCUUCCGAAAGACGUGUCCAUCAGACCAGGAAAUUGUUUACCACUGGGAGUCAAAACCAGAAACUCCAUCACUGUCUGAAGAAAAGAUGAAGUUGUACAGCACUGAUGGCUACAACAAGCCAAAAUUCUCCUUUGACACUCCAAUAAAAUGUUAAAAAAUGGGAGAUAACUCUAUUGUCAGUUAAGAAAAUCCAAAAAUAAGGAAUAUAACUCUGAACUGUGGAAAAUUGGCAAGAUUUGUUAAAGGUAUUAUUAUAUGACUUGAUCAGCAUUAUGAGUUGUUUUAUUAAGUAUGUCAGAAAAAUAUAAUGUUAUAUUAUUAUUAAGAAUUCAAAGAAAUUUCAUUUAUAAAGCAAAGACAUAUGUUCAUACUACAUACUAUUAGUAUUCCUCUUGUAGAAAACUUGAUAAAAACAAGUCAUUUACCUCCUGAAUUUAUUACAUGAAGUGGUUGGUGUGACAUUUCAAUUUUAUUGUACAGUUAUAACAUCAACACUUAAACUGAAAUUCAAAUUUCACACUUUUAAGAAUUGUGUAUAUUCACACAAUUAUAUUCUUUUGUUGAAUUCAUUUUGUUAAGAUUUGCUUUGCAAGAACAAUGGAAUGUUUUUGAUUAGAUAAGGAAUAUCCUUUAUUGUCAAGCCAAUUUUUCGGUAGUGUCAGAUUAAUCUUAAGAUUAUUGUCAUUCAUCUCAUAUUUUUGAGCUAACAAUGAAAAAUUUUAUUGUCACAAAAUUUUGAUAAAAGUUUACUAGUAAUGGUCAUGAACUCGAGGGCUUCCCAUUCCCAUCCUCUUCAGUUAAUGAUGUUGUCAAUUGUGACAUGGAUACCUUAACCUUAGAGUUCCUGAUUUCAAAUCAAACACUGUAAUAAACAAAGUUUGUAGCUUUUGAGUUUUUAGAAAAAUAUUGCCUUGAGCAGAGAGAUAAUUUUAUUUUCCAUUAAACAUAUUAGCAACAAUAACGACUUAGUAUAUUUGAAAAAUCCAAUCUAGAAAUCCUUUCUGAAAAAAAAUUACAUGUACAUACAGGUAAAAUAAGGAAAAAUGUCUCUUAUGCAGUUUUGUUACAAAUAUUUUUAAGAAGUGUCCUUUUCCAGAUUUUUAAAUGUUUAAUAGAUGAGACUUUAGAAAUAUGAUUUUUAUGUUGUAAAAGUGUAGUAACUCACAGUUUGUCCUAGCUAAAGUAUGAAGCCAUAUUAUGUAAAUGACAUACCAGUAAAUAAGCUGUACUAAUAUGUGUAUAUGUAAAACAGUAAUAUUCUUAUAAAUGUUGCUUUGUCUACAUAUGUAUCAUAUAUAUUUUUGUUGUAGUAAAUAGUCAUAUUCAGCAUUAUUUUACAGUAGAACAGCAUUGUACAUAAAACCCACAGGCACUUGUCUCUGAAUGUUUUUUUUAUCUAUAUACAGUGUUAUAUUGAAGUAUAUGUAUUUUUUUUCAGAGACAAGUGCCUGUGCUUGAACCCUUUAUGUGUGUGUUGUCAACAAAAAUAUUGUUUUCAACACAGGGUUAUCAAAAUGAAAAUUAGUUAUAUGAUCUAAGGGAGAUAACUUUAAAUUUUCAGAUUAGAAUGGAAGACGUCUCUAAAAAGUUUGCUAUCCCUAUUUUGUUUCAUAGUCCACAACAAUGGGUGUUUUUCUUAUUUAGCUUCUAGUAGUAUGUCAAAUAAGAACAUUCAUGGAGAAAAUAAAUUAUUGCUUUCUAAUUUUUAAAUUCUUUCUAAAAAUCUAUAAAAUUUACAUUUAAUGGCUCUUUGUCCAGUUUUAAAUUGCUUCAUUAGAACAUUGACAAGUCUUAAACAUAUACAUGCAUGUGCAUUUAUACAUUUUAUUAAACUUGGGUUUAAAAGUGCACAUAUAUGUUUUACACAAGGAUUAUGGUGCUAUAUCUUGCUAUUUAUACAUUUGUUGUUAUUAUGUAUUGUUGUUAUUUACCUAUAAUUGGUGUGCUAGGUGUUUCAUCAUGUAUUAUAUAUAUACUUUAACUCUUUAUGUGCAACUUUUAGCUUUUAUAUACAAGUACUAAUUAUACAGUUUUGUCUCAUUCUUAUCAAUAUUAUACAUAAUGAAGCUGUUUAAGAAUUCCAAAGAACAAUUGACUCACUCCUGACGGGAAAAGAGUUUCUAAUAUUUAAAUGAAAACAAAUUUGUGAAGUCAGUUUAUGGUUGUAUUGUUGGUAUUGUCAAUCGGUUAAGUUUAACACAAUGUAUUUUUUCACAAUAUAUUUUAAGAAUAGUUAUAGUUGUCAAAUCCCUCAAUAUAGUCAAAUGGUACUUAGCUCAUUAUGGUGAUUAUAUCUUAAUGUUCUCUGCAACUUAGAUUGAUAUUAAUUUUGAAAAUUCUUAAAAAUUAAAAAAAUUAUGAAAGCACCAUAAUCAGUGUUUUCACUUGUUUUGAUGAUCACUACAACAUUUCAUGUGAUGAAGUUUUUUCUUUAUUAAAACCCUAAUUAUAUUACCAUGGUGUAUUUGAACAGAGAAGAUGUUGCUUUUACAAUUCUAGCUACAUGUACCAACUUAUGGUCAAAAGAUGGCUGACUUAAAGCCAUUGCAAGAUUUUCUGAUUAGUUUCUACUGUUACAACUGUUAAAACACUGUAUAGUAUAUGCUUGUAUCAUGUUUGGUUUAUAGUGUGAAUUUUGUUUGUUAUUAAUUAGGGUUUUGUUUUUGCUAGUCAGGGCUAUUCCAUUAAAAUGUAUGUGGGAGGGUAGGAAGGGAAGUUUAAUUAUUGAAUGUGGGUCAUGGGUCUUUUUUCAGUAUGCAUCUAUUACCAUUAUACAAAAUUAUCUAAAAAAUGGUUCUUGGUUUUAGGGAUAUUUUGAAAGUCCCUUCCUGUAACCCUCCCACAUACAUUUUAAUGGAAUAGCCCUCAGAUAUUUUAGAUUUAUGUAAUAUAUGCUAGUCAGAUAUUUUAGAUUUAUGUAACAAUUGCUAGUCAGAUAUAUAUCUUUGUUUUUAAAUUAUCUACCUUUACUUACAUGAAUUUACUUUUUUUUUAUUAAUUUUAGUUUGUUUAGUUACAAUUUUGCCAUUUUUUACUUGCCUUAGUUAUGUAUUUUAUCUUGUUCUGUAGAUAUUUUUUCCUACAGGCCAUUCAAAGUUCAUGUUGUGUUUACAUUAUAUGUUCACGUGUUACUAUUGAAUCUACAUUGAGGACAGCGAUUAUUCCCUUUAAAAAGAAAAGGGCCUAAAAAACACAAUUAGUUUGAAUGGCUUAUCUUAUUUUAUAGCCACAAAAUUGACGGAAUUUUUUGCUACAGAAUGUGAACUUUUUUUGGCUUUACUAACACACUAACAUUGAACACUUUCAAUUAAGAUCAGGGCUCUUUUCCCAAAAAAUCUUAAGACAAAAAUUCAUGGUAAAUUAUACUGAAAUGUUCAAGACUUAUGAGUAUUUUUUCUCAAAAGAUGAGUUGUAGGAGUUUAAAAUAUAAUUUGACCAGGUUGUAACUUGAUUAGUGUCGUAACAUAUCUGUGUUUAUAUUCUAAUCUAUAUAUAGAUCUGUUGUUUGCACUAUGCAGAUAUUUGUCUUUUUAAAAUUCAGGUGCUUGAUUUUUGUUUUAUAUACAAUAAAAUUAUACAAACUGU